CAGACGUGUGUUCAAGCGCACAGCACAAAACAGCUGAAAACAGUAAGCACAACAGCCUGCAUACUAUCACACACAUAUACAACUUUCAACUGAAACGUGCCACUAAUUCUAUUGGGUGACAGCAGUGUGCUCCAUUGGCUCAAUCGAGUGAGAGACUGCAGUCGUGUGUUUCACUAUAAGUCAUCUGUGCGUGAAUAAAACGAAGCCAUGUGGGCUGUCCUGGUCUUGCUGCUAGCCCUCUCCAGUGGCGCUCUGUCCCUGGACCUCCUCAAUAUGUGUAUGGAUGCCAAGCACCACAAAGCUGAGCCUGGCCCUGAGGGACAACUUUACAAUCAGUGUGCUCCGUGGCGUGACAAUGCAUGUUGCACGGCCAACACCAGUGAAGAAGCCCAUGCUGAUAACUCCUACCUCUACAAUUUCAACUGGGAUCACUGUGGUGCCAUGAGCGAAGAGUGCAGGAAACAUUUCAUCCAGGACACUUGCUUCUACGAGUGCUCACCUCACCUGGGACCCUGGAUACAAACAGUGGAUCAGAGCUGGCGUAAGGAGCGUGUCUUGGAUGUGCCUUUGUGUCAAGAGGACUGCCAUAGUUGGUGGGAAGACUGCAAGAAUGAAUACACCUGCAAGAGUGACUGGCACUUUGGAUGGGACUGGAGCUCGGGUAUAAACAAAUGCCCUGCAGGCAGCAAGUGCAGAAAGUGGACCGAAGUUUACCCCACACCCAAGUCCAUGUGUGAGCAAAUCUGGUCCAAUUCCUACAUUUAUACCACCGACACCAGAUCCUCAGGCCGCUGCAUGCAGCACUGGUUCAAUGGGUCAAACCCCAACAAGAAGGUAGCUGAGUACUACCUUAACAAUGCACAGCAACACCAGAGCUUUGCCUUGACGAUGCUAUUUUCCCUGGCUUUCACAUCUUUCUCUGUCAUGACGUACUAAAAUAAUGUCUGUAACCUGUCCUGUAUCACCUCGGAGGUACCAAUAAAACUGAA